AUUGAAGCAUCUCAUCUGUAUUACAAAUACCGUCCUAAUGAAAAGGAGUCUGCUCUUUUAGAGUACCAUUCACGAUAUGUCGGAGAAUCAAGAUUGGCUAUAUCAUCAUCACCAGAUUCAUCGUAUGUUAAUUCAUUAUCACAUCUCUUUUUUCAUCGAGAGGUACGCUCUUUCGAUCUUCCUGUGCCAUAUGGCUUAUCGCUCAAUCAGAAACCAGCAAAGCGCGUGCAGAUAUAA